AUGGAACCUCGCGCCCGAGCCGGCCGGCACAAAGUCAACCUGAACUUUGGCCCCGAACUCUCGGCGCUUCUGUACGCAUAUGGCGCACCUACGCACCCCGAUAUUGCCAAACCCAUCGGCGCAGCUUCACGGCAAUACCUCUCUGCUCAGAACACACCCAACACCACUCACCCACCUACACCAUUCACUCAGCCCUUUCCCGAAACACUCCGCGUCCUGGACGAGAUCUUAACGGACUUCAUAAUAGAAACGUGCCACAAUGCCGUUGGCGUCUCCGUCUACGCCGGGCGCGCAAAACUGAAGGUCUCCGACUUUGAAUUCGCGAUCCGAAAAGACACCAUUAAACUGGGCAGAGUGCAGGAGAUGUUCAAGAAGAAGAGGGAGAUUGACAACAAGAAAAAACUUUUUGACACGAACGAGGGCAAGGAGGGGCAAAAGUUAGCCGUGGACGAUCUGGUGAAUCUGGGGGAGGUUGUGGGCGAGGAAGGCACGUCGAAAGGGAGGGGCAGAGGGAGAGGAAGAAAGAAGAAGAGGGAUAUAGAGGACGUGGAGAGUGAUAUGGCUAAUGGAGGGGUAAAUUCAAAGGAGAGGACGCCGGGAGCGGACGAGAGUGGCGAGGAGAGGGCAAGCAAGCGGGCAAAGAGCGAUCUUGGAUGA